AUGGAAUUUCCUGAUAAAGAGAAGGGAGAUGAUCAACUUGAGCAAAGUGUUCGGGAGUCUAUGGCACACAAGCAGACAGAUAGUGAAGAACAUGCCUCUGUAGGAAAGAAAAACGCUGAAGAGGAGUUUGCUGGCACACCUCUCGCUCCAGCUCAUUCUCUUUGGACCUCCGAUGCUAAAGGCUCAGUAAGACUGAGAAUAGAAGAGGGAUGUCCAGAGGACCCUAUCACAGUUCACCAAAUGUUCAAAGCCUCAGUUGAAAAAUAUGGAAACAUGUAUGCACUCGCCAGCAAGAAGAACAACAAAUGGGAAAAGAUAACCUUCUUAGAGUAUUAUCACUUCUGCCGGAGAGCAGCCAAGAGCUUUAUGAAGCUUGGUUUAGAGCGAUUCCACGGAGUGGCAAUACUAGGAUUCAAUUCAGCAGAAUGGUUCUUCUCUGCAGUCGGUGCCAUCAUGGCAGGGGGGAUUAUGACAGGAAUUUACGCCACAAACUCACCAGAAGCGUGCCAGUAUGUGGCGAGUGACUCCAAAGCCAACAUUAUUGUGGUGGAAAACCAAAAGCAACUGGAUAAAAUCCUGCAGAUUCGUGACAGACUGCCCCAUUUGAAAGCCAUAGUGCAGUACACUGGACAGCCCCAACAGAAGAUCUCCAAUCUUUACUCUUGGGAGGAGUUCAUGGAGCAGGGUCUCGAUGUUUCUGAGAAAGCUCUGGAUGACAUCAGCAGCAGCCAGAGAGCCAACCAAUGCUGCGUCCUGAUCUACACCUCUGGCACCACGGGCAAGCCGAAGGGAGUCAUGCUCAGUCAUGACAAUAUCACAUGGACCGCCAAUCACGCCAGCAGGGCCGGGGACAUGCAGCCGGCCGACACUAAACAGGAGUCGCUAGUGAGCUACCUGCCUCUCAGCCACAUUGCUGCUCAGAUCUAUGAUCUCUGGACAGGCAUCCAGUGGGGUGAGCUGGUAUACUUUGCACAGCCAGAUGCCUUAAAGGGAAGCCUGGUAACAACACUGCGAGAAGUUUGUCCCACUUCCCACAUGGGCGUCCCGCGGGUAUGGGAGAAGAUGAUGGAGAAGAUAAAGCAGGGAAUUAGUGAGUGUGGAUAUGUGAAAAAGAAACUGGUGACGUGGGCAAUGUCAGUCAGUCUGAGAGCCAAUCAGAAGUGUAUGCAAAAGGAUGAUGAGAAACCAUUUCUCUUCUUCCUGGCUGACAGCCUUGUGCUGCAGAAGCUCCGGGCUGAGCUGGGCCUGUCUUGCUGUCAGAAGUUCUUCUCUGGAGCUGCACCGAUCAGCAGCGAAACGGUGCAGUUUUUCCUGGGCCUGGAUAUCUGGUUGUAUGAGGCGUAUGGCAUGAGUGAGAGCACGGGACCUCACUUUAUGUCAGGUCCCAAAACUUACAAACUACCAAGCUGUGGUAAGGUGGUGCCCGGCUGUCGGUACAAAAUGGCCAACGUAGACUCUGAGGGGACAGGAGAAAUUUGCUUUUGGGGACGUAACAUUUUCAUGGGUUUCCUCAAUAUGGAAGACAAAACGAGAGAAGCUUUGGAUGAAGACGGGUGGCUGCACUCUGGAGACCUGGGGAAGAUAGACGAAGAUGGUUUCCUGUACAUCACGGGGAGAAUAAAAGAGUUGAUCAUUACAGCUGGAGGGGAGAAUGUUCCCCCUGUUCCCAUAGAGGACGCAGUGAAGAAGGAGCUACCUAUCAUCAGCAGUGCCAUGCUCAUAGGGGACAAGAGGAAAUUCUUGUCAAUGCUUUUGACCCUAAAGUGUUGUAGCGACACGGAAACCAUGGAGCCAACAGAGGAGCUCAGUCCGGAGGCGGUGGAGUUUUGCAAACAGCUCGGCAGCCAGGCAACCAAAGUGUCUGACAUCAUUGGAGGGAAAGACAAAGAAGUGUACCGGGCGAUUCAAGAGGGAAUCAACAGAGUCAACUCUGCAGCCAUCUCUAAUGCCCAACGCAUACAGAAGUGGAUUAUUCUCAGAAAGGACUUUUCUGUGUCUGGAGGAGAGCUGGGUCCCACAAUGAAGCUGCGUCGCCCUGUCGUGUUGGAGAUGUACCACCAGGUCAUAGAGAACUUCUAUCAGGAAUAA